GGAAAAUUACGAGAGGAUUUAAUAAAUAAUUUGAUGUAAAUUGUUAUAGUUAGAAAUGGAUUUUUGGGCAUAGAGGCAGGGACUUGAUAAAAAAGCCCAUGUCUCCGUUUGCCAAAUUCAGGCAGCUAGAUCGUCAGAAUAGUGUUCCCAGUUCCCCGAGCACGCCAAAGACCCCAGGAACUCCAGGAACUCCAGGGAGCAAGGCUUUUUCUUUUAAAUUCACUGAUCCAGUGGUCCAGAGCAAUGUUGUGCAGAUUAAGGAACGAUUGCUCGCCUGGUGUCGAGCCAAAACCAAAGAGUACGAGAAUAUAGAGAUAGAGAAUUUUUCGACGAGUUGGAACAAUGGACUAGCAUUCUGUGCCCUUCUUCAUCACUUCCGGCCAGAGGCCUUCGACUAUAACACCCUCAGUCCCAGAAACAGAAGGGCUAAUUUCGAAUUGGCAUUCACUAAAGCCGAGGAGAUAGCUGACAUCGCACCUUUGCUCGACGUGGAGGACAUGGUGAUGAUGCAGAAACCAGACUGGAAAUGCGUUUUCACUUACGUACAAUCAAUAUAUCGUCGUUUUAAAGACGAAUCUUAGAGAUAAUUCGAUGAUCAAUGAGUUUUUCUUUUGUAUUUUUACACUGAGAAAAUUGCUUAUUCCAAAACUAACAUCUCAUGAUUACUGGAUAAACUGGCACCGAUUUUCUUCGUGUUUGUGAUAAUUAUUUUGAACUUAACGUUUUGAAUGCAUUUAACACUGGUGAUACUCGAUAUUUCUCAAGCUUGAAUUAUCAUCUCUAUUUAACUCAUUGAAAUUAAAGUAUUACCCGGCGAUUAUUCUAAAUCUUCUCACUUUUCUUAUGAAAAAUGUUUACGUCAGUCUGUUUUUACUUUUAAGUAUUAAGAAAUUCAUA